CUCGACCCCGCUCGGUCCCAUGUAGGCACCCGUACUCACCAUGGUGUCUACACGUGUAGUCUCGCUCAAGGGACUAUGGGUGACUACUCUCCUAGACCCCUUCGGGGUCUAGGUACCCCCGGAAUGUAGUGAUACCGAGGUGAAGAACCCCCCCAGUUGCUGAAAUUGCAGCAUGAGUUCUCUCUUGGUCCUAGUCGGGAUCUGCAACGAAGCGGGGCGGAAAGUCCAUGUGGAUUCAUCGGACAAGAGCUGGUCGACCGUUUUAAUGUCGCCGCCGCACAACGCGUCGAGGAACUUUUGUGCAAGGGAUCCAGCGGCACUGGAGUGACGAGUUUGAAUCAAAGCACAUAAUUUAUAAGUCAGGUCAGGCAGGGACAUGUAAUCAAGUGAUUGAAGACGUUUCGCCGAUGACAGUUCGCGCCUGCGAUGAUGAUAUGUCAGUUCAGCUUCUUUUCGCCGGUCGCGGUGCCUUCAGAUGGGCGGAAGACUUCCGUGAUCUGACGGCGUGCGUCUCCGUCCAUCCUUCGACUGGCCCUGCCCUGCGCGGCAAUACUAGCAACUCUUCAGAACGCUUACAUCAGACGGCAAACAUUCCGGUUGUCUCUCAUUACCAACCCCAACGUCCAUGCACCGCUGUCUUUCUCUAUGUCGGACUCAACCAGGCACUGAUACAGUCCUGCCGGGAUUUCUGGACGUAUCGGCCGUCUCAGCACGCUGAGUGACCUCAGUGCUGGUGCUUUUCUGCCUUGUAUGACUUUGCCGUCAUAGUCAGGGGCUUCACGCAGACAGUAUACCGGAUGAGGCGUCUGAGUUCUUAUUGUCAGAUAAUCGCGGGUCGCGGCGACUGUGGCCUGGUUCGUCCGAGACCUUCACUGUUUUCUCCCAGGUCUUCUUCGUGCGGUGACUGAGAUGCACUGGAGUGGGACGGCCUCCCUCAUUUGGUUGCAAGUAUCAACAGGGAACUCGGGCGAAAAUCUGAUCCUCCCGGGAUGUGGAGCCAGCAUCAGGCUCCGGUCGCUUCCGCUCCGAAAUUCCCACUUCAUCAGCUUGUCAUUCAAACUCCUAGUUCCUUCGCAUGCACUACCCUGUCAAGGAUCCAAAAUCGGUCAACUGGCAACUGUUCCUGAUAUGUCCAAUGACCGCCAGCACGCGACCCAACCGGAUCAUCCAGCUCAAAAUGAGCGUGGGCGCGAAAUGCGAAACGCUCUAAACGUCGUCGACUGACAGCAUCCGCGUGGUUUGGCCGGUGGGGGCUUGAGCGGCGCACAGGCACCUACAUAAUGAUUCCGG